AUGGCGAAACACACUCUCGACCCUGGUUCCGCAUCAACAACACGUCGGGUCCGGCCGACUCACAUCGACAAGAGGCCAUUUAAAAUCACCAACUUGGAUGAUGGCGAGGAGGUCCAUCAGUCUUGCCUCGUGGUCCAUGGUGAAUGCCAGGCUCUUGACUAUGCCGAGACCAACUUCGUGUCAGUCUCAUCUUCUGACAUGCUACACCCGUCACCAACAGCCCAACACUGGCCAUUGAACAAAGGCCAGUGGACCGCACUCGUGAUGCUCUCCCCCGGGCUAAACAAGCUGGCCUUCAAGCUGAAUCAUGCCGGGGGGACAUCGGAUUCACUGGAAAUUACGGUGAACUAUCUUCCCUUGUUGCAAUUGCCACCUCUCCAUCUCGCCAUUCUUGUUGCGAAGGAUUCACCCCUGCUCAUCGACUGCCCACCGGCCAAAUACGGGAGCAUAUCGACUGCGCAUAGCGGCAUUGAUGCUGCGAUUUCCAAGCUUCGUAUGUCUGCCUAUAUGUGGCAAGCUCUGACGGCAGAAGAUUUCCGCCAAAAAGGACUCGGGAGGCGCUCAUUUCGCCUGGAGGAGGAAUGGGCCCCUAAUACUACCACUCAACGGGCUCAUCAGUACGUCCCAGAAGAGAGCAGUCAGAUGGGGACCGUCGCAAAAGUCCAUAUAAUCCGAUCGGAGAAGACGGUCGCAGAGCUCAGAGAUGCCGACAUUGCUCAGCAAAAUCCUGAUGGUCGAGACCGAAAUGCCCUGCAUAAGUAUUUUGAGGAGGCGCUGAUCAAAUAUGGAGCUCCUUUCGAGUCGAGAUGUCGCCCGGUUGUUGCCGGUAUGAUCCUGGAUGCGCACUACUCCACCGAACAAUCCAUGAUUACGGCACACGCCGCUUUGGGUUGCCACAAGCGCGAUGGUGUUUCCUUGGGAAUCUUUGGAAGCCAUCUUGCCUAUUCGUGGCCGCGCUUUCUGGAGGAGGUCCCCUCGUGCCUGACAGAUAUGACGCCUCCCGGUGAUACUGUCGGGAACGAUAACGGUGAAUGCGAAACUAUGCGCGGCGCGUGCUUUGUCGGCCAAGGCGCGUUUCUGCAUGAAGUCGGCCAUGCAUUUGGCGCUGACCAUACGACGGGAAUAAUGGCGAGAGGGUACAGCAAAAGCUGGGCCAUGAAUUUUGUUGAACUUGAGGCAGACGACUCCAGAAAGAAUGAGUCGAAGUGGGACUUGCAAGACACGCUCAAGUUCAAAUUGUUACCGCACUUCGCUCUCCCUGGUGAUCAUCCCGUGACCAAGGAAUUUAAGCAGGCCAACGUGAGAGUUGAGGUUUCCAUUGGAAGAAACGACGAGUUGGACCCCGAUGAUAAGAACGAGGGCCUCAGAGUUUGCUGUGCUGCAGGACUUGCGCAAGUGAAGAUCCAGAGUGGCGAGAACGAUCCUACCAUUCAUGACUUUAUGGACGAUUCCAACUCGUCCCCUUGCACCGAGUUUCAGAUCUUCAACAUCCGUGAGAAAUUUGACCAGAGCCAAGCGCUGAAAAUCACCGCCAUUGGAAUGAAUGGUAAACAGCGUAUCGUCAGCGACUUCUGGGCCAUGCUCAAAGAUCUUCCAUACGUCCUUCUUCCCGGCAGUGAUCUUAUUCUUCACAAGAAAUCUGUGCGAUCUCCUCAUCUCGAAUCGGUUGACAAUGACGAUCAUUUCAUCAAGUGGGCCAUGCUUCUUCACCACCGGGGCAAAGAUGGUCAACUGUACCGUGCGACAUCAAUUGAUCUCCGAGUCGGAUGCACCAUGGAUGGAGCCGUCGUCUACUACGCUGACGGACAACACGCUAAUUGCGGCCCUGCGCACGAUCGGCACUCCGGCGAGCCUCACGAGUUUGGUGGGCACGAGUCAGAGCGGCGCGACAUUCCCGCCGGUGAGACUAUCACUCAGGUCAAGAUUUGCACGGAGUCCUCCGGAUGGGGAAGCCUGGCAGGUAUCCGGAUGACCCUGAGCAAUGGAGACGAAUGGGGUUAUCUCAAUAACGGAUACGACGACAACAAUAAAGAUCGCGAUAACGAAAGCAGUGAAGCCGUUGUGACCCUGAAGCCAGAAGAGGGUGAGGUUAUUGUUGGAUUCUAUGGAACGAGUGACCGAGACUCCGGUUUUACCCAGGAAUUUGGAAUUUUGACAGCCCCGAAGGGAGUGGAGCUACCGGAGAGCAUUUAUGAUAACCUUGAGCUGCUGGCCCAGCCAAAUUGA